AUGGCAGAUGCUAGCUCAAGGACUGACAACUCAACUGUUCUAGACAACGACGGCAAGAUCUAUAGGUUAGAACAAGGACAAAGUGGUGGGGCAAUCAUGGCUUCUAAUUCUUCGGAUAGGUCUGACAGGUCCGACAAACCCUUGGACCAAAAGACAUUGCGUCGUCUUGCUCAAAAUCGUGAGGCUGCAAGGAAAAGUCGAUUGAGGAAGAAGUCAUAUGUGCAACAGCUAGAAAGCAGCAAGCUGAAGCUUGCACAACUAGAGCAGGAGCUCCAGAAAGCUCGUCAGCAGGGAAUCUUCAUUUCUAGCUCCGGAGACCAGACCCAUGCCAUGAGUGGAAAUGGGGCAAUGACUUUCGACCUAGAAUACACUAGAUGGCUUGAGGACCAAAACAAGCAAAUCAAUGAGUUGAGGACUGCAGUUAAUGCUCAUGCAAGUGACAGUGACCUGCGCCUUAUCGUAGAUGGGAUAAUGGGGCAUUAUGAUGAAAUAUUUAAGGUCAAAGGUGUAGCUGCCAAGGCUGAUGUGUUCCAUAUACUGUCAGGCAUGUGGAAGACGCCUGCCGAAAGGUGCUUCCUGUGGCUUGGGGGUUUCCGUCCAUCCGAGCUCUUAAAGCUGCUGGUGAAUCAUCUGGAGCCGCUAACCGAGCAGCAGAUGUUGGGAUUGACCAACCUCCAGCAAUCUUCCCAGCAGGCAGAGGAUGCAUUGUCACAAGGAAUGGAAGCAUUGCAGCAAUCACUGGCGGAGACUUUGGCUGGAUCUCUGGGUUCCUCCGCUGGCUCUUCAGGGAAUGUUGCAAACUACAUGGGUCAGAUGGCCAUGGCCAUGGGCAAGCUUGGAACGCUCGAGAACUUUCUUCGCCAGGCCGACAACCUGCGACAGCAGACCUUGCAUCAGAUGCAGCGGAUCCUGACGAUCCGUCAGGCCUCCCGCGCCCUUUUGGCUAUACAUGACUACUUCUCGCGUUUGCGCGCGCUGAGCUCUCUGUGGCUUGCUAGGCCCAGGGAAUAA